AUGCUAGCAAAAGUCCGUUCGGCAGUUGGGGCUUAUAGUUCAGUGAAUAACAACAAUCAGAAGAGUUCACGAAAUGAUGCUCAAAUUGGCCUAGUAAUUGAUGUCACUGAAAGCGACAUUUUUGGUAGCUUAUUACCAGCUAUAGUUCGUUCGCAGAAAUUGCGUUAUCCGUAUACUCGGCCCGAAUUUUUGCAUUUUUCGGAUGAAGAAAUUAGCCUAUCAGCAGAUCAAUCAACUCGUCCAGUACUAUGCCCAAAGGAUCCAUCUAAAAUGCCCGUUUACGCCGGCUACGCUGAAGUAAUCAAUGCCGGUAAAACAGUUCAAAAUGAAGAUCAAGCAUCAGCGAAGCUGUUGAAUUUGAUACAGCAGGGAUAUGAUGCUGAAGAAGCUCAUGACUUGACAAUUAAUAAUGUAAGAAUUUUAUGGCUUAUUUUUGAAGCUCAAAAGCAACGAACAGAAAGUGAAAAAUGUUCUUUAUCCUCGACAGGACAAACUCUUAAUGAUUCCGCCAGAAAUAUCAACAUGGCAAAACGAUAUGAAGAUGAUAAUCUGAUAACACUUUCUGAAAGAUACAUUUCCAGUAUCGAUGGUCACGCAAUAGAAAAAGCGGAGGCUACUUUCUUUGCUAUAUUUGAUGGACAUGCAGGAAGUGGCGCUGCAGUUAUGUCUUCCAAUUGCCUUCAUGAGCAUAUACGAAAUCGAUUGUGCCAAGUACUGGAGGCAGUAUUCCAUUUGAAGAGACAGGAAGCAUUUUUUGGAUAUUCCAUUCAAUCACCUUGCUCCUAUGCUUUAUUGAGCGCAUACGGUCCAUCAUAUUCAAAUUGUAAUAUUACAUGUGAUAGCCUUAUUGUUGGAGCUAUCGAAACUGCAUUUAUCGAUAUGGAUGAUCAAAUAGCAGAAGAAAAGCAACUAUGGAGAAUACGUGGUGGUUGUACAGCAAUUGCAGCAUUAUUUUUUCUCGGUAAAAUAUAUGUUGCAAAUGCAGGUGACUGUCGGGCGCUAUUAAUAACAACAAAUGACACUCAACAGUUGAGUCACGACUUCACACCAGGAACGGAGCGUAAACGAUUACAAUUCCUAGCAAGUCUUUUUUUGUGUCAGAAGAGAAAAGUACUUUAUCGUGAUUGGUUCAUGGAUGGAUGGGCUGCAAAAACUGUUCGAGAAUCAGAUUUGAAAAUGCCUUUAAUUAGUGAAUGUGGUAAAAAGCGUCGCUUAUUAAACACAAUUGGUGUUAGCCGUGGUUUCGGUGAUCAUCACUUGUUCACUGCCGACAAUAAAAUUCCAAUUAAACCAUUUCUGUCACCAGUACCGGAGAUAAAAGUUUUGGACCUUCGUAAACUUAGUUCAUUAUGCGAUAAUGAUGUUCUCGUGCUGGCAUCGGAUGGCCUAUGGGAUGCUUUAGAUAACGAUGAUGUAUCAAUGAUUGUAAAAACUGCACUGAAUAAUUCUAAAUCUACUGAUUACCUAAAAUACACGAUAGCAGCGCAAGAACUCGCUGUUGCAGCACGAGGUAAUCCAACAGAAUCUUAUCGAUGGCAAAUGUCUGAUGGAGGUUACGCUUCCACCGAUGAUAUCACUGUUUUUAUUGUUCCAUUGAAGCAUGCUUUAGAAAUGAGAUCCGCAGAUGAUAAUGAUUUGGAAUUAUUUCAGCCUAGAAAGCAUUCGUCGAUUAUGCCAUUGAAUUCACUGUAUCAGUCAUUUUCUAUGUUUUUGUUCAUCAUAAAUGAGGGCUCUGUUUGGAUAGCUGGCAGUCCUCAUUUUGAUGAAAGAAUAGUACUUUCAGGUGACACAAAUGAAAACAGUUUGAAGUUUGAAGUUUCAAAUGGCAUAACAAUGAAACGAGUACAUCGAGAUGUUGGAGCACUGAGUACGCCAUUGGUCGGUGCUUUUGUAACCGGCAUCAUUGGACGUAAGAAGAGACACGUACGUGUGAAGAAGGAUGCGGAGCCAGUAAUUGAGGCCGUUCUUCAUGGCAUCAUUGGUACGCUUGUUAUCAAUUUUCGUAGUGGUUGCUGAAUGACAGCCAAAGCAGUCUCAGAUUUAACGGCUUAUCAUCCAUAUCCUUCGGAUGGUGGUUGUAAAUGGUUCGGUACAGCUCCAUUUUGUAAUGGACACUGUCAAACAGAAUAUGACUAUAUCCGAAAUAGCAAUGGACGUUGCAGUAAUUGGUGGUUUGCUGGAGUAUGUAAACCCGAUCCAAGUUUUGGCGAGCCAUGUAGUACUAUUUUGGGUGGAAACUUUAAAAAACGUUUUUGCUGCAAGAGUGAUCCAUCUGAAUGUACAUGGAGUGGUCGCUGGAUGGGUGCAUUUACUGCACAUAAUAUUUACUGUCGAUACGACAAUCACGGUCACUGCGGUCAUCUGGAUUGUUCUGUAAAUCAUUUCAAUUAUCAGGCUCAAAAUUCAACUGAAAUUAGUGGCGAACGUUGCGAUCAAGUUUCACUGUUUGGUCUAAAGGGUAAGGCAACAUGUGGUUAUAUUUCAUGGUUUGAUGAUAGUGGAACUCUUGUUGACAGCUGGUAUAAAAGUAAAUAA